AUGGAGGCCCUUUCGUACCUCCAUCCCACAACUUCAAUCUCAGAGAUGGACUCCCCACAGCAAUUUCUCCGCCUCGAAGAUCUCCAUACAGCCUCCUCACCUUCUGCCACUCCCGAAGAUGACUUAGGGAUGGUUGACUCCCAAGCAUCACCGCCGCCAGUCAUCAUUCACUCUAAACCGGCCAAGAAGCGGAAAUCGUGGGGUCAGACCCUACCGGAGCCCAAGACCACUCUCCCGCCACGCAAGCGAGCCAAGACCGACGAUGAGAAGGAGCAGCGCCGCAUCGAGCGCAUCAAGCGGAAUCGCGCAGCCGCACACAACUCGCGCGAGCGGAAGCGCCAAGAGACCGAGGUGCUAGCCGUCAAGUGUGCUGAGCUACAAGCCGAGCUCGCCGCCUAUCGCAAACUGCAUGGCCCGCUCCCAGCUUCCGUUGUCCUACCCAAGGUCACCAUCUCCAAUGAUGAGUUUGGCACGCCAGCUCCAUCCAUUGCUCAGUCACACGAUACUCCGCAGGAGACAAGUACAAGUCCCAUGGACACCACAGACCUCGCGCCUAUCAAAGAAGAACCCCUCGACCUCGUACCAACCUUCCCACCAGCAUUCGACAACCUCGAUGUCAAGUCAUCGCUGUCACAGCACCUCGACCCGACACAACAUUCUGCAGCAAUGUUGUGCGACCUGCAGUGUCGGUCGAGCCCGCUCACGACUAUGAUGAUUUCGACUACAGCACGCUGGUGGGCAACGCUCAUCCUCACUCUGAUGACGUCCCAAAUCCAAGCUUGCUACCGGAGCCUACUUUCGGCCCUAUGGACACUUUCGCCUUCGCGAAUGGAGCGUUUGAUGCAAGCCUCUCGACUUCGCUUGACUUCUCGUUCGAUGACUUCAUCCAGGACCCCGUUACUGUUGCGGUCGAUGGCUAUGGCGCAGCUUAAUGCAGCGACUGGCCGUCCGACCCAACAGGGCGCUCUAGCGCUUACACGGGUAUCCGGGAGUGAGGUCACCCGGUUGAGGACGGCGGUCGUGAGGCCUGGUCAUCAUUGCGUUUCUCAGCGAACGGCGUCAGCGGAGCAAGGGCAGGGUCAAAAGCGUGAGCGUGGCGAUGAAAAUGAGUUUGGGAAUAGCUAG